UAGAUGGCAGUGUAAUGCUGUUUUCUGACGGAUUACACUGUAACAUCUCAGUAGCCCAGUCACAUACAUUAUUCUCAACAUCAGAAGAACGACAGAUGCAAACCAUGAGAUGGCCUUCAGGGGUAAAGUGGCCGACACGAGGACAGUGCUUGUGCACAUGCUGCUGUGCCUCGUCAUAUUCUACUCUCUCUACUACAUGAUUGGGAGUGUGUGUUUCGGCGCGUUCAGGUGCGACACUUUUCUUUUCCUCUCUCUGCGUGCACGUGUGGUUAUUGGGUUGGAUCACUUUGAUGGACUUAUUCCCUUUGACUUUAAGACUGAACCAACCAAUUUGGAGUCCAACUCCAAAUACCUGGUGAACCUGCUGUCCAUGGAGUUGACCUAUUUCUGCAGUGGUCUGCUGUUUGCAGCCGUGGUGAGGAGAUGGGUCUGGGACUACGCUCUCACAGUCACACUACUGCACGUACUGCUCACCAGCAUGGUGAUGUUGGAGUUUCCCUUGGUAUGGCAGUGGUGGCUGGCCCUUGGCAGCGGGUUGUUUCUGAUGAUCUGUAACGGUCAGCUGAUAGCUUACUUCACCUGCCAGAGUGACCAGAGUUACCCCACCUUCAACAGCUACUGAGUACACACACACACACACACUGACUAGAGUUCUUUGCAGUGAGUCCGGUGGAAAUGGAGGGAAACCAAAUGUUCCUGUUGACUUGGUUACCUGUUUGAUUGUUGCACAUUGUUUCUGUUGGACCGGCUUCCCAGACACCAAUUGAGCCAAGUGAUUCUCCAAUGAGCAAGCUUUUGAGUCCAGGAAACAGCUCGUAUAUGUAAUAUCUGUAGUAUGUAAUAUCUGUAGUAUGUAAUAUCUGUAGUAUGUAAUAUCGGUGGUAUGUCAUAUCUGUAGUAUGUAAUAUCUGUAGUAUGUAAUAUCGGUGGUAUGUAAUAUCUCUGGUAUGUAAUAUCUGUAGUAUGUAAUAUCUGUAGUAUGUAAUAUCUGUAGUAUGUAAUAUCGGUGGUAUGUAAUAUCUCUGGUAUGUAAUAUCUGUAGUAUGUAAUAUCUGUGUUCUCUAUGAAUGUUAAUCUUAUGUCAGACAAUGUUAAUCGUGUAAUUUAUCAUCUUAGAACUAUUAAACCAGCUGUAACCUCGCA